CAACCAUCACCACCACUGCCACCACCACCACCACCACCACCACCAUCCACAUCCAUCACCACCACCGGCCACCACCACCACCACCAUCACCCCCGCUACCACAACCCACCACCACCACCACCACCACCACCACCACCACAACGCCACCACCACCACCACCAUCACCCCCGCUACCACAACCCACCACCACCACCACCACCACCACAACCACCCACAACGACGCCACCCAUCACCACCACGACCACUGGCCACCACCACCACAGCCAAAACCACCACCACGGCUACCACCACUACCACGUCCAUCACCAGCACAUCCACCAGCACCAGCACCAGCACCAGCACCACAGCCACGAACCCCACGACAACCCCAUGACCACCGUCACACACCCAUCACCAGCACCAUCGCAACCACCACCACCACCACAACCACCAUAA